GUCGCCCGCCCCCGAGGUGCGCGGUGCGGGACGUCGGGUCGUUGUUUCCGCGGCCAUGGUGCUGAGCCCGGUGCUGGGGAAGCUGGUCAGUAAGCGGGUGGUGCUGGCCAGCGCCUCGCCGCGCCGUCAGGAGAUCCUCACUAAUGUGGGCCUACGCUUUGAGGUAGUUCCGUCCUGGUUUAAAGAGACACUUGAAAAGUCAUCUUUUGCAGCCCCUUAUGAAUAUGCCAUUGAAACAGCAAAACAGAAAGCUCUUGAAGUAGCAAACAGAAUGCAUGUGAAACACCUGAGAACACCUGAUAUUGUUAUAGGAGCAGACACUAUUGUGACUGUGGAUGAGCAGAUCUUGGAGAAACCAGUUGAUAAGCAAGAUGCAUAUAGGAUGUUAUCAAGGUUGAGUGGGAAGGAGCACAGCGUUUUCACAGGAGUGGUUAUUAUACACUGCAGCAGUAAAGAUAAUCAGCUAGAAACAGAAAUCACUGAUUUCUAUGAAGAGACUAAAGUAAAAUUUUCAGAUCUUUCAGAAGAGCUCUUAUGGGAGUACAUUCAUAGUGGAGAGCCCAUGGACAAGGCUGGUGGAUAUGGAAUCCAGGCCCUUGGUGGAAUGUUAGUUGAGUAUGUCCAUGGAGACUUCCUGAAUGUGGUGGGAUUUCCUCUGAAUCACUUCUGCAAAAAACUAGCAGAGUUGUACUAUCCACCCCUUAAACAUACCAUACAGCAUACAAAGCAUGACUCUAUCCCUUCUGUGGACACUUUUGAGAGCCUAAGUGAUGGAGAAAGUGAAUCCUCAAGUUUCAAGGAACAUAAACGUGCUAGCAAGUUGGACAGUCCAUCAGGAGUUAUUUGUAACUCUGAAAACAGCUCUGGUGUCAGAACUGGUUCUGGGGUACCUUUGGAAAAUCAGAAUGGAGUAUCAGACAGUGCAGCAAAAGUUCCAUCUAAAAUUCUAGACCUGAUGGAUGGUUUUAGAGCUUCAAAGGCUCUGUUUGUAGCCUCUAAGCUGAAGAUGUUUGAUUGUCUGAAAAAGAAAAGUCCUCUAAAGGCUGCAGAUAUUGCAGAUGAGGUUGGAACUUCUGUGCAUGGAACUGAAAGACUCCUUGAUGCCUGUGCUGCUCUUGGGUUGCUGGAGAAAACACCACAAGGUUAUAGUAAUACAGAUUCAGCAAAUACUUAUCUGGCAUCUGAUGGUGAAUACUCGCUUCAUGGCUACAUUAUCCACUCUAAUGACCAUCUUUGGCCUCUCUUUACACACCUGGAGUCUGCUGUUAAAGAGGGAAGCAGGCAGAACCAUCGAGCCUUUGGAAAGAAAACGGAGGAUUUAUUUAAUGACUAUUAUCAGAGCCAGGAAGUGAAGCAGCGUUUUAUGGCUGCCAUGCACAGCAUUGCCCACCUUACAGCAAGAGACGUGGCUACAGCAUUUGAUCUUUCAGAGUUUAAGACUGCUUGUGAUUUAGGAGGUUGUACUGGAGCUCUGGCUCAUGAAUUAAUACGAAUAUAUCCAAAUAUGAAGGUCACAGUGUUUGACCUUCCAGAAGUCAUUGCAAACAGCUCUUGCUUCCAACCAUCAGAACGAUGCACAGCUCCAGUGACAUUUGUUUCAGGUGACUUUUUCACUGAUGACCUUCCAGAAGCAGAUCUUUACAUACUUUCACGUGUUCUUCAUGACUGGCCUGAUGAAAAGAUUCAUGUACUGUUAAACAAAAUAUCAACUGUUUGCAGACCAGGCUGUGGGAUUUUGCUGGCUGAAAUGGUAUUGGAUGAUGAGAAGAAGAACAGGAGCACAGCUUUGCUUCAGUCUUUGAACAUGCUUGUGCAGACAGAGGGAAAGGAAAGAAGUGGCUCUGAAUAUCGAAGCUUACUGGAACAACAUGGAUUCUCUAAAGUCAAAAUCAAACUGACAGGAAACUUGUUAGAUGUUGUUCUCUGCAUUAAGGUAUAGGAAAAAAUAUUUAGUCAUAGAAUCUGGAUUAUAUUUGAUGUUUUGUAAUUAUACAAAUAUAUUGUUUCCCAAUAAUGUAAACAAUAAAUGCUUUGUUUUUUGAAGUUGCAUUUAAAAAGAGGAAGCAAUUGAUUGCAUUUAUUUUGAACUUGAGAAGCUUUCAGUGUUCAAAAAUAACAGUUCUUCUGGAAUGAUUUGAUGGCACUGAAAUUGUAGUCACACAACACAAUACAAAUCAGAAAUGUGCUGUUAGCAGCUCCACACAUUGACAUUGCUGAGAAAUCAGUUUUUCCAUGGUGGAUGCAAAUUGAGUCCAACUUUUAGAUGAACACUCAUCACUUUGUCCCUGUUUCAUAAGGUUAAUGCAGGUACAGUUUCAAUACUCCAAUCACAGCCUUUUUAAUACUAUUUUUAUUUUACACUUUCUACUGUAUAAAAAAAAAAAAAAAAAGCCAUACCUCACCUAUAGCUUUGCAUUUUGCUUCCCUUCUUUGAUAUUCUUCAUAUACUUUGCAUCUUUUUUUUUUUUUUUUUUUUUUUCCUUCAGUAUAUAUCUUCUGCUAUUCACUGUCUCCUAUUUCACAGCCUACUGUUUGACUAAAAGGAAAUGUUCCAAAUGCAGUCUGGAGUAGUUUCUCCCUUUUUGCUCACCUCUUUUCCUCGUUGUUCCACAGCUGUCUCUGCUAUUUAUACAGUUAGAAACUAUCUGGGCACAGCAGGAUUUCAAACAGCUGGGCUUAUUGCAUAUAUAGAGACAAGGUUUAGCUUGAAAUGCUAGAGCUGCUAGCUGUCCCUACCAUAACUCUUCUGCCCUUUUACACAUCCAGAACUAUUUCCCAGACUGCCUUCUCUUGUCUUUUCUCCUUGAUUACAGUGCUCCUUGACUGUAGGGCCUGUCUUCUUAGUAACUCAGUCAGAAUGGUCACAUUGCUGUAGUUGUUAGCUACAGGCUCAUGUUUUCUCCACUGAGCUACUUGCAUCAUGUUGGGGGCUAUGGAAAUAAUUUGCCUAAGGAAAGAAACACAGUUCUUCUGGCUACAUUCAUUUACAAAGAUGUGUUGGAAGAGACAUGAUACCAAGUGUUCAUUAAUAUACAAAUGUUUCUUCAUUCAUUGUAUGUGGAAAUCUGUGAUAAAACUUAGAAUUGCGUUGGUGAAACUGAAUCUAUCACUAGUGGGUUACCCUCUCUUCCCACGCCUAAACUUGCCGGUUGUGGCACAGUCUUCUACCUGUGAGAGCAAAUCAGUAAAGCUUGCCAUUAACAAAAGAUCAAGGAGAACUGCUUUCUAAUUAAAAAACAUUUUCAAUCAAUGAGAUAACUUAAAAAACAA